AUGCCGAAGAGUUCGCGGGCUGAGAAGGCUGAGCAAUCAUCAAGUGCGGCUACAGGAGGCCAUGUCAGCCUUGCCGAACCACACCAGGACCAAAACAACAACGACGCUGUGGCAGCGCACGAAGCUUGGAGAAGAAAGCUCCAUGAGAACGCGAGACGGGCCGUCGAACGAAUCGGACCGUUCUCUCCCAAUUCGAAGCCUUCACAGCGCACCGCGCACAAAAGUGCGCCGUCAGAUCCGCCCUUGACACCUUUCAGGCGCAGCGGCCGUGUCCCUGUCCCCCAGAAGGACACCACCGACAAGGUCGAAACCGGGAGGGUCAUGCCCAGAGGGCGCCGCGGAAAGCCAACCAAGGCCAAGAAGCCGAAGAAGGAAGCGUCGGAAACAUUCUAUUCAGUUCGGCGCAUUGCUGGGGAGAAGACCGAAAAGGGACGGCUGUUUUACCUGAUCGACUGGGCCAACGACCCCGUCACUGGGAAGAGCUUCGAUCCGACCUGGGAACCAGCUGGACACGUGAACGAAGCUGCAAUUGCUCACUGGGAGCUGAUCAAGGACAAGGCGCCGCAAAGCGACGGCAGCACCGAGCAAGAGAACGAAAGCCAGGACGAGGGAGACGAGGAGGACAAGUUGCCAAUUGUUCGCCGCCGCCAGAAGCGCAGACUCUCGUUGGAUCGAGAGGAAGAGCAGCAGCCGCGGAAGCGAGCUCGAACCGCCGGCACGCAGGACGGCAACACGGGCGCCAAUCCUCGCGUAAAGCCCGUCAAGAUUGCUGUUGAGAUUCCGUGCGAACCCACCGUCGACCCGUCCGAUUUCGUACCUGUCUUUGUUUCAUCGCAAGGCAGUUCCCAGCCCGUCUCGCAGCAUCAGGAACCUGCAGCGUCACAGGAGAUCAGCCAACGGACGAUUCCCGACUCACAAGACGUGGGUGAUUCCUUGCCAUCCCUGCAGGAAGCCCAGAAAGAGCCAGAACUUCUGCCCGACGACGAAGUUAGCGACUACCAUUCAGCGGUGGAAGAUCCGAACUCUGAAGACGCUGCUAUUCCGUCUUCCUCAUUCGCGUCUGCCCAGGCUCAGUCGACGCAGUCUGGGGCCGAGGUUCCGUUCAGACAGAUCGAAAGUUACUUGGCUAUCGAACCCCAAUCCAUCAUCUCCGACAACCAGGAAACCGCAGCCGAGGAGGCCUCAUCACAACAAGACCUCGAAUCAAACGGGAGCAGCUCCCCGCUCGGAAAGUUCUUGACACAAAUCGAUUACGAUUGGUCACUAGAAGAGGCCUCAUCCAAGUCAGGAGUUGUCGUCUCAACUAGCCAAAUCGUGAGCCAAAACUUGCAUAACCGCAGCCAGGGCCCGGCGAACGACAAGCCUGACACCACAACUCCUACCCACGCUUCAUCCCUUACUUCAAACAGCGCUUCUUUGCAAUUCGCCCAGGUUCUGCUCUCUUCAAGCGGCAUUUCACAGCAACUGCGCAGCCAAAUCGAGCUCACCAGCUCGAUCGAGAAUUCUACGCAAUCCGAACGGGCGGCCUACCACAGCCAGACCGACAGCGACACUGUUCCGGCCACCGUGCAGAAAGAGGUUAGUGGCACCAAAGAGCUGUCAGCAUCACCAUACAUGAUGCUGCGCACGCUCGACAUAAUCCAGCUCACUAAGCAGCCGCACUCUGACAGCACAGACAGAAUCGACCCAGAGGACUUAUCUCAUAAUUCGAAUACCCCUGCCCCUUCUGCUACCUUGCCCACUGCGACCUCCUCAACACCCCUCACUCCUGUUCAAGACGAAGACUGCGAGACAGCUAACUUUAGCAUGGACGACGCGUUCUCGGCGGAAACGCCCCAGCUCUCCGCAACAGAGACGCUGCAACGGUUGCGAGACCACAUCUACGGCAAGCAGUCAGAUGAGCCAUCCGCACUCUUAACCUCGCCAGCGCCGCAUCCCGACCUUGCCACCACCCAACCUGAGGAGCAGGAACCGCAGCCGACCAUAAUCUCACCAGCCAACGUUUUCCCUGCGCCUCACCCUGAUGCGACGGAUCCGUGGGAGAUUCAGCCAUCAGGUAAUAUUCUUCACAGCAUCGAUCCGAGUCCUGGGUUGCAUCCGGGGUCCGUCAUUUCCAACGGUGAGACCAUUUCUGCUGUUGAGCAGCUUAGACGUAGUCUGGGACUCCCGUUCACUCCCCACGCCCCACAUACAGAGCUCGAUAUCUCUCCCGAGCCGGUAGAAACCCAAGAGCAUGUGGCAUCCAACGAGUUACCUGCUACUAUUGCUCCAUCUGAUUUAGAUGCCUCAGCCGACCACGAUGCACUACCGUCCCGUGAACAUGUCGAUUUCGAACAAAACAACGACGACAUGUCUCAAAUAUCUCGGAAUAUGGACUCCCAGGAACCCGAGGAAGAAUCGGAGUUGACCGAGUUCUUGGUCACCCUACCGAUGGCGGCAAAUUCGCGUCCCCAAUACCUCGAAACGAUCGACAAGAACAAAGCUUCGAUGCAGGAGUUUUGCCAGGCCUUUAGCGAAUCUCAUCCGGCGAUGCCCAACGAUUUUCUGACCGCAAAAAUCGACUCCAUAUUCCAGCGACUGGCCGACCUCUGCGACUUGCCAGCCUACGCGGACACCAUCCCGGCCAUGACACCCACCGAGAUGAUGAAGCACGCGACGGGAACGAACACAAAAUUUUCGUUCAUCUAUGAGUUUCUUCAUCUCGCUCGUGAUAUGAAUCUCCGAGUUCUCAUCCUUUGCCGACCUGGUAGGACAUUUGAUUACUUGGAAGCUGUGGUUUCUACACCUGGUUUCAACUACAAUGUUCUUGGGCGUGACGAGUCAACCCCGUCUGAUGAGGCUUCCGACGGUUUGUGGGUGGUUCUCGCUUCACCAGACCAGGAUUUGUCCGCCGUACGUGGACCUGUCGAUGUGGCGAUCAGGUUUGAUCACGAGACAAGGUCAACCAGAUUCCCGCCCGGCCUGGUUCCUGUUGUCUUGUCUCUCGUAGUCUCCUACAGUCUAGAGCAUGUUGACCUACAACUCCAGCAGAUGGAGCAUGAGUUGAGCGAUUUGGAAAAGAAAAACGCUCUUACCCUGGCGAUUGCCACUCCAACGGCGAGAAGGCUGUUCGUAAACCCACCAGAUGAAGGACAUGAACCGCACAAGGCAGCCGAGCUUUUCGCCUGCUUUUUGCAGAACCCCGAUCAUGAUCUAUCUUGGGAGCCACAAGUUCUCCCUGCGGAUGUCUUUGAUGACUGGUUGAGCUCGCAGAACCGUAUGGAGUCAACUCAACAUGUACUUCCUUCAAGAGAUGCCACCGGCCGUAAGCGCCACUUGGACGAAGUUGAUGCUGGCACGCCCAAGAGAGUAAGGCUUUCUCAGACCCAGACUCCUCGAAACGGCACACCGUCUCGAAUGACCGAUUUGCUAAGAAGCACUCUGGAAAAAUAUCCCGGUAGACCGGCAACACAGUUCAUGGAAGUUUCGGUAGAGCAGCUUGAAGCCCUGGCCUUUAAGAUCUUUGAACUGGAGUCGGAUCUCGAACGGGAAGCCAGUGACGAGAAUCGAACUCGACUGCUAGCCAGGAACCUCGGCGUCGAACUGGCGUCUUACAAGCGCACGGUGGAAGUUCUACAACCCAAGUACACUGAAGCCCUGCACGACCGCAGCACGUUCGAGAAGACUUGCAAAAAGGCCGUUGACGAAAACGCUGCAGUACAGAAGCGGCUCGAAGCCAGCAAACACGACCUAGACACAGCCAAGGCAGACGUGAAAAUCUUGGAAACCAAAAUUGCCGACGCCCAAUCUCAACUUGCUAAUUCCUCCAACCCAGACCUAGCCCGUCUCGCCCGCGCCGAGCAGGAGCUAGAGGACACUAGAAGCAAGCUCGCCGCUCUCGAAAAGCGCAUGGCCACCGCGACCAACGAGAUGGAAUACAGCCGCUCCGCCUAUCAAAACGCCUCCAACGCGCACACGGAGCUAAACAAUGAGAACACGGCGCUGAAGCGCAAGAUUGAAGAACUCCAGCGCAAAGCCGACGACAACGUCGUCCGCGUCAAUGAGAUCAACUCCGACCAGGAGAAGAAGUUCCUAGGCAAACAAAACGACGAGUACCGGGCCAUGAUUCGUGACCGUGAGCGCGAGCUGGAAAACGCCCGCGCCGAGCUAAGACAUCUCAAGAGCGGCCGCCGCGAGACCCGCCAGGCUAGUGUCCCGCGGAGUCCGCGCACGACGACGGGCAUCAUGAGUCCCAGGACGACGGUCAACCGUAGAGGUGCUGGCAACACGACGGAUACGGCGGCAAGUAGUCGGGGUAAUAGUCCUGCGCCGGGCAAUGCUAGUGAUGGAAACGGGAAUGGUGGAGGAAAUGGGGGCAUAAACUUUAACCCCCGGUGGGGGCACCUCCGUGAUUAGGGCAAGACGAAUAGGAGUUAGAACCGAACCUGGGGGUCGGAGAGCGAGAUCGUUGGGUGCUUGAGAGAAGGAAAGAAUGGCUCGGCUGUCGGUCGAUGACUGCAGCUGUUUUCCUGGUUCGUGACCAAGGACCGAGACAAAGACAACGAUUAAGAUGGCUUCAGGUCAGCUUUCCUUAUGUCCCUGUCAACGGUGGAAUGGUUGGUGAAACGAUUGUUUGCUUAUUGCUUGUUACCUAUUGGUCUUUUUCUUCUUCUUCUUUCUCUCCAGCCGGUAGGAAUAUCUUUUCACAAUACCCAUCUCCCUAUCUUACAUCUUACGGUUCAUUAGAUCGAUUGUUUUCAUUUUCUUUUGUAUGGUUCAAGGUACUCAGGUUGCAUUUGAGGAUCGAGGGAUGCACAUGAAAGAGGUUGAGGCACUCGGCGCAUUGGGGUUACCUUUUUCUAGAUACUUACUCUACCUGCUAUGGAUAAAGGCAAUAGAAUCCAGGUAGAACCAGGCAUGACAAUCGUGAAUCUGGUCAAUCUCUUAUGACGAAUGGU